UCAGCUCAGCCUCUCAUUCCAGAUGUGCAGGGGCUGGGAUUUCUAGGACACGCCCCCACAGAGCACUGAGGAGCCAAUCGGAGCUCGGAGGGCGGGCCCCUGAGAGCGACAAUGAUGCUAUCCAAUGGGCCUAGAUCUGGGGCCGCCCCUGGCCAAUGAGCGCGCUAUUCUGCGGCGGUCGGGGGCGCUGAGGCAGUUCUCGGGGCCGUUGUUCAGUGCUUGGACUGAGUGAGGUGGCUCCGAGUCUGUGGCUGUCUCGACAGCUCGACGUUCCUGUACUCCUCCCAGUUUUCAGGAAGAGCUAAAGAUGGCUGAAUUUCUGGAUGACCAGGAYACUCGACUAUGUGACAACUGCAAAAAAGAAAUUCCUGUUUUUAACUUUACUAUCCAUGAGAUCCAUUGUCAAAGGAACAUUGGUAUGUGUCCUAUCUGCAAGGAACCACUUCCCAAAUCUGACAUGGAGAUUCACAUGGCUACAGAACACUGUCAGGUGACAUGCAAAUGCAAUAAGAAGUUGGAGAAGAGACAAUUAAAGAAACAUGAGGAGACUGAAUGCCCUCUGCGGCUUGCUGUCUGCCAGCACUGUGAUUUGGAACUCUCUGUUCUCAAACUGAAGGAACAUGAAGAUUACUGUGGUGCCCGGACAGAGCUGUGUGGCAACUGUGGACGCAAUGUCCUUGUGAAAGACCUGAAGUCUCACCCUGAAGUUUGUGGGAGAGGGGAGGAGGAAAGGAGAAAUGAAGUUACUGUAUCUCCUAAUGCAUAUGAUGAGUCCUGGGGUCAAGAUGGAAUCUGGAUUGCAUCCCAGCUCCUGAGACAGAUUGAAGCUCUGGACCCACCAAUGAGGCUACCCCGAAGGCCUCUGAGAGCCUUUGAAUCAGACCUUUUCCACARUAGGACUGCCAACCAAAGGAAUAUGACAGCUCCCUUUCCAAUUCAGAAUAAUCUAUUUGAAGAACAAGAAAGGCAGGAAAGGAAUAGAAGCCGUCAGCCUCCCAAAGAGGGUGGUGAAGAUAGUGCAAACCUGGACUUCAUGUUGGCCCUAAGUCUGCAAAAUGAGGGCCMGGCCUCCACUGUGGCAGAACAGGACUUCUGGAGGGCAGUUUGUGAGGCAGAUCAGUCGCAUGGUGGGCCCAGUUCUCUGAGUGACAUGAAGGGUGCAGCUGAUGAGACCAUGUUGCCUUGUGAAUUUUGUGAGGAGCUCUACCCAGAGGAUCUGCUGAUUGACCAUCAGACAAGCUGUAACCCUUCGCGUGCCUUACCUUCGCUCAAUACUGGAAGCUCUUCUUCCAGGGGGGUGGAAGAUCCUGAUGUCAUCUUCCAGAACUUUCUGCAGCAGGCUACAAGUAACCAGUUAGACUCUUUGAUGGGUCUGAGCAAUUCACCCCCUGUGGAAGAUAGUGUCAUCAUCCCAUGUGAAUUCUGUGGGGUACAGUUGGAAGAAGAGGUGCUGUUCCAUCACCAGGACCAAUGUGACCAACGCCCAGCCAUGGCAAACAACCAUGUGAUUGAGGGGAUUCCUAAACAGCCAUCUCAACUUCAAGAGACCUCACCAGAGCUGCCCAGGAGGCGUGUCAGACACCAGGGAGAAUUGUCUUCUGGCUAUAUGGAUGAUAUCAAGCAGGAAAUAGCUAAARGACCCAUCUACCCUCUGCCCCCCAGCAGACCCAUUAAUAAUAUUACAACUACCUGUAACCGACUAUCAAAAUCAACAUCAGGCUCUACAACUGGGUGCCAGCCCAACCCUCCUCGAGUGCUGAAACUCAACAACUCAGACAGCCAGGACAYCCGAGGGCGAAAUAGAAGCAGCCAGAAUGGGGCCAUGGACACUGAUGCAUGCUCAGUUCGAAAUCUCCACCCAGAAUACCUUGUGUCCUCUUUCCCCGUUGGGCCUUCUGGGAGAUAUGGAGCAAGUGGUAGGAGUGAAGGUGGCAGAAGUUCCCGGGUCACCCCUGCAGCUACCAACUACCGCAAYAGAACUGCAAAGGCAAAGCCCCCGAAGCAGCAGGGAGCUGGGGAUGCAGAGGAGGAAGAGGAGGAGGAGUAGUGGUGUCUGCAGAAACCCUCGMCUUGGUUCCUACCUAUGCAUAGCAGCCCUUGCCUUGGUGCAGGCCCUGCCUCUCUGGCUCUUUAGGCAGGGGAAGAUUAUUCUUUUUCUAGGUUAUGGCCAUUUUGUGUCUUUUGAGAUUGUGCUGUGGGAGUUUGGGGGUUUGAGGGAGGGUUAGCAGGGAGGCUGUUGGGAAUUGUUUCAGCCUUAGCUGCCACUUCUUGGUAGCAUUGAAAUACAGAUAAUGGCCUCUUAGCCCACCAGGACUCCACCUUUUGAAAUACCAUCACCAUUGCUUCUUGGUGCUUUGUGGUCCUGGUAGAAGGAGUAGAGGGUUCUGAAAAUCUGGUUCCCAUCAGUGAAUGAUUUUCUUACCUGUGGGGUCCUAAGUUGGGGGCUUUUGGGCAACUUCUCCCAUGUACUGCCCCUGCUUGCUCCAGACUCUGGGCCUCUGGCGUGUGUAUGGAGCAGCUCUGGUGAAGUGCUCAGGCCAGCUGCUGGAUGUUAGGAACAAGGCCUUUGGAAGAGUUAGCUGGAGGUGUGUGGAGCAGGGGCUACUUCUUUGUCAUUUGGCAUCACUGCCUUCUGCUCCUUGUGGGUAUGGUGACUCCUUUGUCCUCACUGCCCUCUAAUGGGGAGGGCUAAGGGCUUCCUGUUCCCACUAGGGCCACACUGGGCUCUGCCCUGAUGAGGAUUAAAGCCCCAGUCUCACACUUGCUCUGAAAACCAAGUGUCAGAGCCCCUUUCCCUUCUUAUGUUACUAUUAUAAUUAUUAUCAGCUUUCUUGUAAUAGAAAUAAAGUUUGUACUUGGAGCUCAGCUAAGUCUUGUGGUUCAUAUUCCUGUGCUUUCUGUAGAGAAUGGAGCUCCAGUGUGGGCUCCUUCUCAGAGUGCUCCAGACAUUGAAGGUGCAGUAUUCUCAUCUCCAUUUUUGAGGAAACUGAGGCUUGCUGUAACUCUGGCAAUGACAGGAAUAAGGGGCUACCUCCAACUGAAGAGAAAAAGGCAGAUUCUUCAAAAGCUCCAGUCCUGAGAAGUUGAGACUUACGAUUAUUCAUCCCCCUCAUAACGUCAUGGUUCACACAGGAUCGUUAGCAUCAUAGGUCUUUUAUUUUUGGUGCUAGGGAUUGAAUCCAUGACCUUGUGCAUGCUAGGCAAGCACUCUACCAACUGAGCUGUAUCCCCAGCCCUACCAUAGGUAGUUUUGAGCUCAGUUGUUCUCCCAGUAACCUACUGGUGGUGGUGGGGGUGGUAAAGAAUUGCCCCAUUUCAUGGGUGUAACAUGAAACAUAUGUAACAAUAUUAAUUUAUAUAAGACUGUGUAGCUAAUUCUUGGCAUAGCCAUGACUCUGAAAAGAAUUAUCCUAAGAGGAAGAAGCCAGACCAAGGGAUAUAAUGAGGGCUAGUUUUCCUCCCUUUUCCCUUUUUUUCCUUCCUUCUCUAUCUCCUUCCUUCCUUCCUUCCCUCCCUUCCUUCUUU